AUGUCAAACUUGAUGCAUUUGAGGGAUGAGAGUUCACAGCUGAGCAGAGCGUUUCAGAAUUUGGUGGAUUUAGACAUUUUGAAAUGUGGCAGAUUAAAGAAAUUAGUGUCUUCCUCUAUGUCAUUCCAAAAUCUGAUAAGUUUGAGAGUCGCACAAUGCCAUGGAAUGCUAAGUUUACUAACUUCCCAAACAGCAAAAAGUAUGGCACGGCUCGAAAGGUUGACGAUAUGUGGUUGCAAAAGAAUGACAGAAAUAAUUGCAGAUACAGAAGAAACUGAUGAUAUGGAAGGUGAAAUUGUGUUUGGUCUGUUGAAAACUUUGACACUUGAUUACUUACCAAGCCUUUCGAGCUUCUAUUCCGUGAAAUAUAUGAUUGGAUUUCCAGAUUUGGAAAGUGUAUUUGUAAAUGGGUGCUCUGAAAUGCAAUGUUUCUCUAAAAACGACAACAUAGUUGGCAGCCAAAAACUUCAUAAAGUAGUCCUGGAUUAUGAUAGAACUAUGUCUACUUUUAGUAGCUUAAUAAAUAGCACCAUAUCACACUACUGGAAGAGCCACCCUCGUACUGUAUUACAAGAAAUUUUCACAGACAAGAAUGUUGGCUAUGAUGAAGAAUAUUCUGAAGGAGAUGAUUUUGAUGAUGAUUUUGAAGAUGACUGA